AUGAGCGAGAGAACCGCUCAAGCCCCGGCUCUCAUCAGCAGCUUGCGUGCCGCGGACCGUGUCAUGGACAUGGCAGUGUGUGAGAAGACAUCCACAGCAUUCUGCGUGUGCGUUGGUGGUCGUGUCGAAGCAUGGUCGCUUCGAAAGGGCAAUCUGCUCGCUUCGUGGGAGCCAGAACCGCAUCAUCAACAACAACAGCAGCCGCACGAUCACAACACCAGCGCAGCAACAGAGAAAAGCAUGCGCGCAUGCAACACAGACACGCUUCAACUGACGAACCGAGAUGCGCUUGCACCUGUACGAGAUGGAGACAAGGCAAGCUCAUCCACCUCAGCUGCGACAAGAACAACACCCACACACAAGAGCAUGGACGCGUCACUCGAUGAUGAGGAUGAGGACGAGGAUGAUGAUGGUCAAUGCGAUGACACAGUUGUGCCUGAAUGUGUGGAGGAAGAGCGUGAAGACGCAGAAGACGAGGGUGUGUCCUUCUCGGCGUGUGCGUGCUCUGAGAACGGAGACAUGCUGGUGGCUGUCACACAAAGCGGCAAGGUGUAUUCGUGGCGGUUUGUGGACUCUGUGCUGCAGCGCCGGCCCUUUGACACUGCUGCUGACCAACAUGACUGCAUGCCACGCAACACCACGGUCCUCGCCACCACGCCAAGUCUGGCCUACGCCGUGAGCGGCGGCACCAGCGGCGCUGUGCAUUUCUGGGAGCUGACUUCCCGCUUGGCCAAGCGUGUGCCUGACUCGCCGCACGUGGGCACCGUCGUUGGCGCUGCGUUCAACCAAUCAGGCACCCUGGCUGCCACUCUGUGCACGCGAGGAUUGCUCGUGCUCUGGCGCAAAGCCGGGGCGCACCCAGUCUCUGCCUCCUCUGCCGCGUCCAGUCACGGCGCUCCUGGCCUUGGCGAGCUGCAACACCAACGGAAGGAGAAGACAGGCGAGCACGCGCACCAAUCAACAAUGGCAUGUGUCGGCCUUCCCAAUGCAAGCUUCACGGCCUAUGCCACCAUCCCCAUUGCUGCUGUUGCUGCCCCUGACGCAAAGCACGAGGAUGAGGACGACGACACCGACAGUGACAACGACCACGACCACAACAUGGACCGGUGCAUUUGCAUGGCCAUGAGCUUGUGCGGCAAACGCAUUGCUGUCGGCACACGUUGUGGCCGCGUACAUGUGGUGCAGACCACGCUUGCACGCGUGGCGCUCACGCACACGGUGAGCGACAGCCCCGUGCACUGCAUCAGCAUGAAUGGGGAUGGCUCCCUCAUCCUCACCGGCACCGGCCAGUCGCAGCUGCAACCGCAACGACACCCCAGAUCCAUGCAUGCACGCAAGACACGCCCGCACGGCGACAUGAGCGUGUGGGCAGUGUCAUCCACGGUGCAGGACGACACAAUGCAAGCGGUGCUGGUGACGCGACGACGCCUUGAGGAUGCGCCCACCUACUGCUACCUGCAGCGGCCUGGCAUGCUCGGGGUGUGCCUGACAAGCAGCCGCCAUGUGCAGACGUUUGUGCUGCCCAUGACCAAGCAGUGGGGCCCGCGGUUCUGGGUGUCGGACGUCGAACACCCGUUGUGGUAUGCGUUCUGCGGCGACUACGGGCUGUGCACGACGCCAGAGGGCUUGCACAGCUUCAAGCCCCUCACGUGCCAGCACACAUUUGUCACAUUUGAGCGCCUCAAUGGCAUGCUACCUGACGACUGCUACACUGCGCGCAUGGCGCAGGAGCCACCGGUGUGUGCGCUGAGCACGUUGCACAAGCGUGCAGCCGUUGCUGUGGGCACAGCUGUCUAUGUUGCACAGGGCGAUGCUGUGCUUGGCAGCAUCGACGUGUGCAGGUGGGAGCGGGUGCCGUUGCCGGGGUGCGUGCGGCAGCUGGCCUUUGUUGGUGCUGAUGGCAUUCUCGUCAUCCUGUGCACAAGCGGCGUGCUCCUGCACGCGACCAUCACCACUUUCGACGGCCGUGCAGCAGCAGCGACGAAGAUGGCAGCACAAGCCAUGACUUUGGUGGCAGCCACAACAGCGGCAACAAGCGCAAAGGCCUCCAAACAACCAGCCCACAACCAAGCAGCAGCAGCAGCAGCAGUCACAGCAAACGCUGCAACAAUUAGUGGUGCUUCCGUCACCGGUACCACCGCCAGCACCAGCACCAGCACCAGCACCAGCACCAGCACCAGCACCAGCACCAGCAGCAGCAGCAGCAGCAGCAGCAACAGCAGCAACAGCAACAUGCACAUUUCCGUAUCGCGCGUGCACUGUGUGCAAGGUGUUGCAGUGCAAGCUAUCCGAGCAGGUGCUUACAUGUAUGCGGCGCAGGCUGAUGACGCAACCGCCCUCAUCCUGCCCUCUGGUGCCAUGGCGUGCCAACCCGUGCCCGGUGUCCUUCUCGACAUGUCUGACGCGUAUUUGUGCCUGCUGCGCUUCCCUAUGGAUAACGACGGCACAACGCAGCGCGUGCGCCUCGUGCUGCUCAACCUGAAGCGUGGCACGGGCAAGUCGAUCCCCCUUCGCAUCUGCCCCAUCGCAGGCUCGCUGUGCGGUGACAUGCUGGCGGUGCUAUCCCCAACCGGCUCUGUGGCCUUUUUCGACUGCCAGGCGUUUGGCAUGGUGAAGAAGCUUGAGACGGGGUGCCCUGCGCUUGCCGUGAGCCUGCAGUCGGGCACGGUGCGUGCGAGUGGCAGUGGUGGUGGCGCUAUCACUCCUGGUCAGCCCUUGGGCGGUGGCGUGUACUCGUGCUAUGUGAUUGCCCCCGAGGGCGUGCUUGUGCUGCGGACAACGCUUCGUCGCUCCAAACGCCGCCGUUCCAUGACCGCGACAGCAGCUGCAUCGACUACGACAGCAACUGUUACUGGUGCAGUCGCCACGACUGCAACUCCUGCGGCAGGUGUUGUUGUACGGGCUGCGGCGUGUGACGGCAGUCCGUUUGAUGCACACGGCCAGUCGUCAGGGGUGACGACACAGGCAACACGUCAGGCACCACUGUCCACAGCAGUGCAACAACAGCAACAACAACAGCAACAGCAACAGCAACAGCAACAGCAACAGCACCGAGGGCGAGUGCGCGUAGAUGGGGAUGAGCAAGAAGACGAGGGUGUUGCCGAAGGAGACAUGGCAGAGGCAUCAGCACUCGUGACGGAGACAGCUGCAACCACCUCCCCAACAACUAUGCCAACCACAGCAAUGACAGCAACGCCAACGACAACAACGGCAGCAGCAGCAACGGUGGGUGGUAUGCUGCGCACAACGUUGUCAUCAUCGUCAUCCUCAUCGCUGUCUUCUGCCAUGGCCAGCACCGGCAGCACGGCAAACAGCGCCGCCGUGCUAGGUACUGGCGCCAUCAAUGCAGCCACCUCCACCACUUCGACCACAUCGAUCACCCCUGCGCCCUUCACGACCGUUACCACCUGUGCUGCUGUGACGUCAGCACAUGCAGCGCUCAUGGCUGGCCAGCAGCUGGGCUUCCCCGUGACUGUGGCGCCCACGCCAAUGCCUGUGGGCGCGCACCCAGCCUUAUCUCCAGGCUACGGCGUGGUUGGCGGUGGUGCUGGUGUUGGCAUGCGCGGCCCAAUGAUGCUGAAUCCCCAACAUGGCCUUGUCAUGCCGGCAGGGACAGCAGCAGGGCCAGGGCUUCCACCACCACCACCCAUGGUGUCCCACCCGCUGUUUACUUCAGGAUCGACAGUGGCACCGAGCGACGUGGAUGCCGACACAACGGAGGCAGCGAUGGCCAUGAUGGCUAUGGCUUCCCAGUUCCAGCACCCUCGCCACCAGCAACAACAACAGCAGCUGCUGCUGCAACAACAACAACAACAGCUGCAGCAACAUGUUUAUGGUGGGCUUGGUGGGGCGGUUGUGUUUGCAGCGUCACCGGCUGCCCAGAUGCAAGCGAUUCAGCAGUUUGGGUUUGUACCGCAGCAGUUUGCAGCAGCGCCUGCACCACCGAGCGGUCUUGGUGUGGGCCCCUUGCCACGUCCCCAGCCAACAAAACCUGGGUCGGCACACGUUCAGCACGCAGGAUCCACGUUUGCAACCGCCAACAACACCAGCGCGGAUGUUCAUGUUGCAUGUGGUCGUAGCGUUGGCAAGCACCACGACAGCAGUGAUUGUGUUGAAAACGUUGCCAUCCUGCCAACAACACGGCCUGGCCAAGCCAGCUUCCCGCUCCCCAAGAAGCCGCACCUGUCGUCCUCGCUCACAGGGCGGUUGGCGGAUGAUAACGACGAUGGCAGUGGCGGUGCUGCACAGGUGAAUUACUCGCUCGCAGAGUGGAAACACAGCGUCUACUUGAACAAUCUGCAAAGCCAAGGUGGACACGGUGCUGGUCGGCUUCCGCCCAACAGCAGCAACAACAACAAGAACAACAAGAACAACAAGCGCGACGGCCACACAGUAUCCCAAGCCCAGCACUCCUGUGAUGACGGUGGUUGUCGCGAUGGUGGUGGUUGCAAUGCUGGUGGUUCUGGUGGUUUGCAGCAACGAUGCCACCGCAUCACAUCACCAUCAUCAUCAUCGUCACCAGCACCACCGCAAGAGCACCGGCAACUCAUUCACAGCGUGCAGAAGUUGCAUGUGACGUGA